UAACAAUCUGAAGAACAUUUAGCAUAUAUACUACUCAAGCAUAUUCAUCAAACAUGAAAGCUGUCUAUUUUCUUCUCCCACUAGCUGUUUUGGCUUUGGCAACUUCCAUUGCCACUGCCUAUGACCCAAGCCCUCUCCAGGACUUUUGUGUGGCUGUUGAUGAACCCCACAAAGCUUUGUUUGUGAAUGGAAAGUUUUGCAAGGAUCCCAAACUUGUCAAAGCCAAAGAUUUCUUCUUUUCUGGCCUCAACACUCCAAGAGACACAAAUAACCCAGUUGGAUCUAAUGUGACACAAUUGAACGUGGACAAGAUUCCAGGACUCAACACUCUUGGAAUAUCAUUGGCUCGCAUUGACUAUGCUCCAUAUGGCCAAAACCCACCUCACAUUCACCCUCGCGGCUCUGAAAUCCUAGUGGUCGUUAAGGGAACUCUCUACGUGGGUUUUGUUUCAUCCAACCAAGAUGGAAACCGUCUGUUUACAAAGGUUCUAAAAGAGGGAGAUGUGUUUGUAUUCCCGAUAGGUAUGAUUCACUUCCAAUUCAAUCCAGAACACACUCCAGCAGUUGCUUUUGCUGGUCUCAGUAGCCAAAACGCAGGAGUAAUCACGAUUGCAAAUGCUGUAUUUGGAUCAAAUCCUAGCAUCAACCCUGAUAUUCUUGCUAGAGCCUUCCAAGUGGACAAGAAUGUCAUCAACUAUCUCCAGAAGCAAUUCUGGUAUGACAACAACUAAUGAUUGAUAAUGUGAUAGCGAAGAAGUCAAGAUCAACUUAUUAUAGCCUAUUUGUUUCAACUACAAUAUUUUAUAUUAUUUGUUUUCACCAUGUAAUAAACUUACAGAUUGGUUUUGCAUUAAUGUUACCAUUCUGUCGUUGACAUCAUUGCGAUAUAGAGUUGCUGAAAUAAAAGAAUU